AUGAACGGUCACGGUGAAACCGAACCUCUAAUUCCAAACGAUGAGACAGUGCAACGGAACUCUCGCACACUUCGCAACCGCGCAGUUGUCUGGUCUGUGCUGACUGCUUUUCUCAUUGCUGUUGGAGUCGUCGCACUGGUUGAUCCAAGCUUUGUAAGCGAUAUUGGACUGUCGUCGGGAAAGUUGCCCCGGGAUCCUAAGCUUGCAGCACAGCGUGUGCUCGACAUUGCUCCGGUCAUCGAUGGCCACAUUGAUCUUCCUAUGGUCGCUCGCUUCGUCUGGCGCAACAACGUCACCGAUGUUCCUCUUGACGGUCAAAUGCCCAUGCAUGUGGAUAUCCCACGUCUGAGGGAAGGGAAAGUUGGAGGCUUCUUUUGGUCUGUAUACGUGGGUUGUGCAAAGCCUGAAGAUGAGGGCGCCGAUUUCUUAACGGCUACCUGGCGCGUCCGAGACACCCUCGAGCAGAUUGACGUUGCAAAGGGCCUGAUAUCGAAAUAUCCUAACGAUUUUGCAUACGCUGUCAGCGCAAGUGGCAUCAAAUCGGCAAUAAGAGACCGCAAAAUUGCAAGCAUUCUAGGUGUUGAGGGUGCACAUCAACUAGGGAACUCUAUUGCCGUCCUCCGCCAGUACUACGAGCUUGGGGUUCGCUACGUAACUCUGACCCACACUUGUCACAACGCUUUCGCUGACUCCUGCGGUUACUUGAUACCGAGCGUCCCGCGACACUAUGGCCUCAGCCCUCUUGGCUUCAGGCUCGUGGAGGAGAUGAACAGACUUGGAAUGCUUGUUGAUCUAUCUCAUACUUCUGACAUGACUGCAACGCAAGCCUUGCUGCAUUCCAAGGCACCAGUCAUCUGGUCCCAUUCAUCUGCCAGAGCCAUUCACGAUGUUGCCCGCAAUGUGCCCGACGAAGUGCUUAGUCUCGUCGGUUUCGGCGAGGGGCAAAGAGAUGCCGUUGUUAUGGUCAACUUCAAUGGCCCAUUUGUUGCUGCCGACGGCGAGGCCGAUAUUGAAGCCGUUGCUGAUCACAUUGAGCAUAUUGCCAAAGUUGCUGGAGUGAAACACGUCGGGAUCGGGAGUGACUAUGAUGGGAUUGAAGUCACUCCGACAGGACUCGAGGACGUUUCAAAGUAUCCUGCUCUGAUCGCUGAGUUAUACCAACGCGGAUGGAGAAAGCAAGAUCUAGCUGGGCUCACUGGGGGAAAUUUCCUGCGGGUGUUUGAGGGUGCAGAGAAAGUGGCCAAAGAAUUAAAGGCUGCAGGAACCUUGCCAAAAUAUGACAUAUACGAAAAGAGAGAAGACUUGCCCCCCAGGGAGCUUUGAUAUAUUCAGGGAUGUGUGGUACGUCCAUCCGCAUAACUAUCUGGAUUCCUUCCAGCUUCG